AUGUCAGAAAAUAACGAACAGACAGAAGCGGCACAACAAGUCAAGAACACUGAACAACAACCUUCCACUACUGUUCCUGAGCCCACACCUGCCAAUGAACAGGAAAACAAGGUGGCCGAUGAUGAUCAGCCACAACCUGAGGCAGGGGAUGAGUCCUCUCAGGAACCACCAGUGACUCCUGCUUCUGCCAUAGAAGGUGGACGUGAAACUUCCAAUAGAAUAUUGUAUGUCGGCAACUUACCCAAGUCGGCGUCCGAAGAACAAGUUAGUGAAUUAUUUUCGGUUUCUAAGCCUGUCAAGAGCAUAAAGUUGCUAAAUGAUAAGAACAAGCUUGGGUUCAAUUACGCAUUUAUAGAAUUUGACGACAAUCAAGAUGCCGAUAUGGCAUUGAGCACUUUGAAUGGGAAGUUACUAAACAAUUGUGAAAUCAAAGUUAAUUGGGCUUACCAGUCGGCAACAAUCGCCAGUACUAGCACUCCAGAAGAUCCUACGUAUAACAUCUUUGUUGGAGAUUUGAGUUCAGAAGUCAAUGACGAUGCAUUGAAGAAAGCGUUUAACAAGUUUGACUCAUUUAAAGAGGCACACGUGAUGUGGGAUAUGCAAACAUCGAGGUCUCGAGGAUAUGGGUUUGUCACUUUUGGUAAGCAAGAGGAUGCUGAAUUGACCCUCCAAACCAUGAAUGGAGAAUGGUUAGGUGGUAGAGCCAUUAGAUGUAAUUGGGCAUCACAUAAACAAGCAAACAACCGUAGCGGAGGCAAUGGUGACUAUCAUAACCUGUAUGGACACAAUGGGUUUAGGAACCACAACAAUACAAACAAUAGCCGUUAUAAUAAUCGACAAUUUAGACCAUAUUCACAUAAUGGCAAAAAUUUCAAUAAUAGCAUAUACCCACACCAUUUGAACAGUAAUCUGUUUUCGCCACCCAAUGGUCUGCCAGCACAUGUGGCUCCUGGCUUAAAUGGCUUGAUAUUGCCAGAUUUGAAUGCAUCGAAUGGCAACUUGCCGCAAUUGGGUUCUCAACAGCCAGCAAUGAUCAACUCUCCGCCAAAUGGCCUUAAUGGCAAUGCUCAACAAGCUGGAAACAUUACGGUAAUGUCGCCACAAUCAUACGAUAUAGUAUUGAGACAAACACCAUCUUGGCAAACUACAGUUUAUUUGGGCAACAUUGCCCACGUGACGCAACAACAGGAAAUAAUUCCCUUGUUGCAAAAUUUUGGAUUCAUUGUUGAUUUUAAAUUCCAUCCGGAAAAGGGUUGUGCUUUUGUUAAAUACGACUCUCAUGAGAGAGCAGCGUUGGCAAUAAUUCAACUAGCUGGGUUCAACUUGAAUGGCAGACCAUUGAAAUGUGGAUGGGGUAAGGAGAGGCCCCCUCAGUACCAGAAUAGAAAUGUGUCACAGGGUUCUUCGUAUGGAGGACGGUCGUAG